AUGACAGUAACCAAUUUGGACUGUGAAAUGAUGCGGCCUUCGUGUUUUACUGGUUAUCCAUUUCAAGGACAAGGCCGUGUUAAUCAACUCGGCGGAGUUUUUAUUAACGGUCGUCCACUUCCAAAUCAAAUAAGAUUAAAAAUUGUUGAAAUGGCCGGUGCCGGUAUACGUCCCUGCGUUAUUUCCCGCCAAUUAAGAGUUUCUCACGGAUGCGUAUCAAAAAUAUUAAAUAGGUACCAGGAAACUGGAAGUAUUAGACCUGGAGUUAUUGGAGGUUCGAAACCUAGAGUUGCAACUCCAGAAGUCGAAAAGAGAAUCGAAGACUAUAAAAGAGAAAAUCCAGGGAUUUUUUCUUGGGAAAUUCGAGACAGAUUAAUUAAAGAAGGGAUUUGCGAUAGGAGUUCGGUACCAUCCGUAAGUGCUAUUUCUCGUCUUUUAAGAGGAAGAGACGGAGAAGAUGACAGAAAAAUUAACGAUGGUUGUAAAAAUUCAGAUAAUUCUGAUUGCGAAUCCGAACCUGGAAUUCCAUUGAAAAGAAAACAAAGAAGAUCUCGAACGACUUUCACUGCAUUACAAUUAGACGAAUUAGAAAAAGCAUUCGAAAGAACUCAAUAUCCGGAUAUAUAUACGAGAGAAGAAUUGGCACAAAGGACUAAAUUAACGGAAGCAAGAAUUCAGGUAUGGUUCAGCAACAGAAGAGCCAGAUUAAGAAAACAAUUAUCUAGUUCCACGAGUUCUUACGGUUCCGUAGGAUUAGGAAUGGGUUAUUCUUCUACGAACACGACCACGAGUUCUUACAUGCUUCCGGAAUCGAAUUUUCCAACAACUUCUCAAGAACAACACACUCACACGACUAAUUUGUACAAAGACUCGAAUUAUCAAAGUUUAAUGAUAAACGGUCCGAACGGAAACGGAUCCGGAAAUCCAUAUUAUUCGGGACUCAUAUCAUCGGCACAUCACAAUUCGCCGAGUUAUCCCACCGGAGCGACGACCAUCACAUCGCCUCAAACAGGUGGCAACGUACCGGCGGCAGGAAAUCCCGAAACGGAAGAUCAUUCAACGAAUCAUCAAAAUCCAGCAUCAUCCUCGACCAUCGACAUGAGCCUUAGCGGAAGUUCACAGGGAUGCCAUAUAGGAUCCCACGUUUGGUCUCCGGGAUUGCCGACGUCGAUGAGAAGUGCCUCCCCUCACGGGUGCCAACAUAUAAAUCAGAUCUCAUCGAACGUUCUCUCCCCUUCUCCUGCUUCGAAUUUAAAUCAACCCGUGCUACACUCUGGCGGGAGUUUUACGCACUACCAGCCUUUUCACUCCUGGUAUUGA